AUGAGAUGGGAGUGCGGAAAAGUAUCUGAAAUAGUUGAAAAAGACGAUGGCACAAAGAAAUACAAGGUCAUUUUCGAGGACAAAGGGAAGGUAUUGGUAUCCGGACAUCACAUCGCCUAUGACGGAGUCCCAAAACUGUCGUCCCUGACUCCAUGCGUACGUGUGGUGGCCAAAUGUAAAACUGGAAACACGUUUUACUCUCCAGGGAUCUUGGCUGAGCUCCCAUCGAGGAAAAAUCACAUGAGGUUUCUCAUUUUUUUUGAUGACCACCAAUGUCUUUAUGUUGCCUUACCUGUUAUCCGCUUAGUCUACAAUCCAUUGCCUGAACCUCUGGAUGACAUUUGGAACAAAGAGCACAAAAUAUUCAUGAAUAAAUAUGUAGAACGGAUGCCCUACCCUCCUCGGACUGAGCCGCGAUUGGGUCAAGUUGUUAAAGUGCAAAACAACGGAGAACUCAAAUCCUGCACCGUGGUGCGGUUGGACUGCAGCCUCAUCGAGAUUGAGUAUCAUGGCGAAGAUCGUGCAAUGGAAGCCAAUGAUCUGGAAUGCGAUGAGCUGGAGGUGACCAGAGAGGAGCUGGUGAAGAUGAUUCAGGACCGGGUGAACUGCAGGCUGCUCCAAACACCUGCAAUCUUAGCCAAACAGAGUACGCUGAUCACUCUGUGGAACGAGAAGGAGAAACUCUACACUGAUCUUUAUAAACUAUUUGAGGAAGUUUCAAAAUGUGAAGGUACUAUCCGACAGCUGUAUAAAAAGUUAGGAUGGCAAUAUAAAGACUUACAAGAUGGCAAUGACUGUGCAUCAAAUUGUGGAUCUUCGUGUGAACAGACUGACGAUGAAGAUGAAAACCAAAACCAUUCUCUUGCCUUAAGCGAUAUUCCUAUUGUAGUUGUAAAAGAAGAGAAUAUUAAUUAUAUGACUGAGAACAAGUUUGAGCUGAAAAAAGAACUGCGAGUGCUUCUAAAUCGUCUUCCCAGGCAGCUGCGGCCCCGGAAGCCUGCCCCUCCACAACCGCCAAAACGAGAGCUCAGCGAUGACGAGCUCUCAAACGCCGAUUCAGACUAUGAGCCACAAGCAGUUGAGCCUUCCGAUUCGGAUUCAGACUCUGACUUUUCCUUCUCAAGCGAUAAAAGUGGCCGACACAAACGCAAGAAAUUGAGAAAAAAUGAAAAAACAGCCAGAGGAAGAGUUGUGCCACAAGCCGCACUCUUUCAACCUCAAGCAGCCAUUGUCCGACCAGCCAGCAACGCCAGCACAUCCAGUGGCUCCUGCGUCUCACAAGAGCGCAGAAGAGAAGAGAAGAGACUCGUAGUCACAGAGCAAGUGAAAAAAAAAGAUGACCAGCCACCACUGCUUGGAGACAUUUGUAUUGGAAUGAGUGUCUUGGCAAGAAGGAAACAAAUGAGAUGGGAGUGCGGAACAAUAUCUGAAAUAGUUGAAAAAGACGAUGGCACAAAGAAAUACAAGGUCAUUUUCGAGGACAAAGGGAAGGUAUUGGUAUCCGGACAUCACAUCGCCUAUGACGGAGUCCCAAAACUGUCGUCCCUGACUCCAUGCGUACGUGUGGUGGCCAAAUGUAAAACUGGAAACACGUUUUACUCUCCAGGGAUCUUGGCUGAGCUCCCAUCGAGGAAAAAUCACAUGAGGUUUCUCAUUUUUUUUGAUGACCACCAAUGUCUUUAUGUUGCCUUACCUGUUAUCCGCUUAGUCUACAAUCCAUUGCCCGAACCUCUGGACGACAUUCGGGACGAAGAGCAUAAAAAAUUCAUGAAAGAAUACGUAGAACGGAUGCCAUACCCUCCUCAGACUCAGUUCCGCGAGGGUCAGGUUAUUAAAGUGCGACACAACGGAGAACUCAAAUCCUGCACCGUGGUGCGGCUGGACAGCAGCCUCAUGGAGAUCGAGUAUGAUGACGAAGAUUAUAAAGAAUGGAUUUAUCGAGGCUCUAUGAAAUUAGAGCAUAUGAUCAUUGCAAGAGAAAAUUUAAGGCUGCAGCAGCUGCAGCAGCAGCAAUAA